AUGAAGUGGCUGCUCAUUGCACUCGCUUGUAUUCAGCUCUCUGAGUGCAUGGUGAGAGUGAAACUAUUUAAGGGUAAAUCUGUCCGUGACAUCUUGGAAGAACGUGGUUUACUUGAGGAUUUUCUAAAGGAAAACACCUACAAUCUGUAUUCAAAAUACCUGGGACCAUUCCAGACGGACUCAUUAGCUGCGAAAGAACCACUAACAAACUACCUGGAUCUGUCAUACUUUGGAACGAUCAGCAUUGGGACUCCACCUCAGAGUUUCAUCGUUAUCUUCGAUACUGGCUCUUCAAAUCUUUGGGUUCCCUCAGGUUACUGUACCAGUGCAGCAUGCAAUGAUCAUCGCAAGUUUAAUCCACAAGCCUCCUCAACAUUCCAGCUUUCAAACAAGUAUGUUUCCAUUCAAUAUGGUACAGGCAGCAUGACUGGCGUAUUGGGAUAUGAUACAGUCAGAGUAUCCAGCAUUGAUAUCACCCACCAGGAGUUUGGUUUGAGUACAAGUGAGCCAGGAACUUUCCUUUACUAUGCUAAGUUUGAUGGAAUUCUGGGAUUGGCAUAUCCAAACAUUGCUGCAUCGGCUGCCACCACUGUCUUCGAUAACAUGAUGUCUGAACAUCUAGUGACACAGCCUCUGUUCGCUUUUUACCUGACCAGGCAGGAUGGUCAGUCUGGAAGUGAAGUUGUAUUUGGCGGAGUCGAUCCAAACCAUUACACAGGUGAAAUUAACUGGGUCCCUGUAACUCAGAAAGGAUACUGGCAAAUCCUGGUGGAUAGUGUGAAAAUCAAUGGCCAGAUCGUGGCUUGUCACGGAGGCUGCCAGGCUAUCGUCGAUACUGGAACCUCUCUGAUUGUUGGCCCCAGCUCACCCAUCCAGACAAUUCAGAACAUGAUUGGUGCACGUUUAGAAUCUUAUUCCACGUAUGUUGUGGACUGUAGAAUGUUGCCCAGUAUGCCUUAUGUGACGUUCACCAUCAACGGAAUUGACUACCCUCUUUCUCCAUCUGCUUAUGUGCUCCAGAGAAAUAUCAAUGGUGCAGAAAGUUGUAUGAGUGGAUUUAGCAGCAUGGCUCUUCCUGUCUCUGAACAGCUCUGGAUUCUUGGGGAUGUCUUCAUUGGAGUCUACUAUUCCAUUUUUGACCGCGGAAACAACCGAGUGGGCCUAGCCAGGGCCGUCUAA